AAUCGCGCCGAGCGGGCGCCGCAGCCGGAGCGGGAGCCCGAGCCGCGCGGCGCAGAGCCGGGGCUGAGCGGCGCCGGCCGAGCGGGGCCGCGCGGGAGCUAUGGACCGCUAGGGCCGGGCUGAGCCCCGCGAUGCCGCCGCCGAGUGGCCCCAGCGUCCUCGCGCGGCUGCUGCCGCUGCUGGGGCUGCUGCUCGGCGGCGCCUCCCGGGCUCCCGGCAAGUCACCGCCGGAGCCCCCCAGCCCGCAGGAGAUCCUGAUCAAGGUGCAGGUGUAUGUGAGCGGAGAGCUGGUGCCCCUGGCGCGGGCCUCAGUGGACGUGUUUGGGAACCGGACCCUGCUGGCCACUGGCACCACGGACUCAGAGGGUGUGGCCACACUGCCCCUCAGUUACCGCCUGGGCACCUGGGUGCUGGUCGCUGCUGCCCGCCCUGGCUUCCUCACCAACUCUGUACCCUGGCGUGUUGACAAGCUGCCUUUGUAUGCGUCCGUCAGCCUCUACCUGCGCCCCGAGCGGCCGGCCACCCUCAUCCUCUAUGAGGACCUCGUGCACAUCCUGCUGGGCUCCCCCGGUGCCCACUCGCAGCCCUGGGUGCAGUUCCAGCGCCGCGCUGCCCGCCUGCCUGUCAGCUCCACCUACAGCCAGCUCUGGGCCUCACUGACACCCGCCAUCACCCCGCAGGAAAUGCGGGCCUUCCCUGCCUUCCUGGGCACUGAGGCCUCCAGCUCAGGCAAUGGCUCCUGGCUGGAGCUGAUGCCCCUGGCUGCCGUGAGUGUGCACCUGCUGACGGGCAACGGGACAGAGGUGCCACUGUCAGGCCCCAUUCACCUGUCCCUGCCCGUGCCCUCAGAGCCUCGCGCCCUCACUGUGGGCACCAGCAUUCCAGCCUGGAGGUUUGACCCCAAGAGUGGCCUGUGGGUGCGCAACGGCACUGGGGUGAUCCGCAGGGAAGGCCGGCAGCUCCACUGGACCUUCGUCUCCCCGCAGCUGGGGUACUGGGCGGCCGCCAUGGCCUCCCCCACGGCUGGGCUGGUCACCAUCACGUCCGGCAUCCAGGACAUUGGCACCUACCACACCAUCUUCCUGCUGACCAUCCUGGCGGCCCUGGCUCUGCUGGUGCUCAUUCUGCUGUGUCUGCUCAUCUACUACUGCCGGAGGCGCUGCCUGAAGCCGAGGCAACAGCACCGCAAGCUGCAGCUCUCCGGGCCCUCCGACGGCAACAAACGAGACCAGGCCACCUCGAUGUCCCAGCUGCACCUCAUCUGCGGGGGACCCCUGGAGCCCGCCUCGCCAGGGGACCCCGAGGCCCCGCCUCCAGGCCCCCUCCACUCGGCUUUCUCCAGCUCCCGGGACUUGGCCGCUUCCCGGGACGACUUCUUCCGCGCCAAGCCGCGCGCGGCCAGCCGCCCGGCCGCUGAGCCUGCGGGUGCCCGCGGGGCUGAGGGCGCUGGGCUCAAGGGCGCCCGCUCCGUCGAGGGGCUGGAGCCGGGCCUGGAGGAGUACCGGCGGGGCCCGGCGGGGGGCGCGGCCUUUCUGCACGAGCCGCCGUCGCCGCCGCCGCCCUUCGACCACUACCUGAGCCACAAGGGGGCUGCCGAGAGCAAGACGCCCGACUUCCUGCUGUCGCAGUCGGUGGACCAGCUGGCGCGGCCGCCGUCGCUCGGCCAGGCCGGGCCGCUCAUCUUCUGCGGCUCCAUCGACCACCUCAAGGACAACGUCUACCGCAACGUCAUGCCCACGCUGGUGAUCCCCGCGCACUACGUGCGCCUCGGCGCCGAGGCGGGCGCCGCGGGGGUGGGCGACGAGGCCGCCCCGCCCGAGGGCACGGCCCCCGGCCCAGCGCGCGCCUUUCCCCAGCCCGACCCCCAGCGCCCGCUGAUGCCGGGCCACG